ACUUCGGUCAUCUUCGUGCAAUCUACGACACCUCAAAUCAACGGUCUUCAGUCCCAUUCGAAACGCGCUAGCAGACGGUUGUGCUCUCUCUCGUCCCACUGCCACCCAGAAAAUAAGUGUUUAAUCUAAAUUUUCACAAGUUCGAGUCGCAAAAAUCCAAUUCGCGAUAUUUUAUUAUAAUAGUCGGAAAUAAUAAGUGUUGAAUUUAAUUCACUGGAGAUAUAUCAGAGAAAAUAACUCUAAAAUACUUUUAAAAAUAAAAGUUAAAUUGGAAACUGAAAGUUGGUUUUAAGCCAAAAAUAAACCCUGAAAUAACUGUUGUUGUAACCAAAAAAGUGCGAAUUUUCCAACCGGUAAACCCAAUCGCGUUUCGGGAUUUCGGUUCUCAAAACUGAUUCGAAAGUCCACUCUCGCGUGUCGUCUUUUACCGUUUUUUUUGGCACCAACGCGCGUUCUCUCUCGGCUUGCCAAAAAUUACCCGCUCUCUCUCGCGAAAUAGCAUUGGGCCUACAGCACUGUCCAAGAAUUCAGCACCGCCAGUCGCACAUUCACACACCGACACACAAACAUAAAUCGUGAUUAACCGCAGGACAACAAAAACCGACAGCAAGACGAAGAUUUUUAAUUAAAUUAAGAGUGAAAAAUACCAGACGCCAGAGCAAACGUAAACAAUCAGCAGCGCUGGGAAAUAAAAUAUUUAAAUAUUUGCACUCGGAAAAUUGUGCGGCAUUUUAAAUUAGGACUCCACGACAACGUCGAGCCGUACGCAUAUUAAAGUGACAUAUCCUAUGUGUGUCCUGUGCCCCAGUGAUCCUUGAAUACAUAUAUAUAUAUAUAUAUAUCAUAGAUGGUGUGUGUGCCAAGCCAAAACAGCCAUAAAUAAGGAGCCAGGCAAACAAAUAAACAAACGAACAAUCGGGUCAAAGUGCUUAGUCAGGCUAAAAAGACCCAAAAACAGACCCAAACAGGACCUGUUUUCUUCCGAGGCCACAUGCCCUUGUCGUCGCCAUUGUCCCAUCGAUAGCAAUUAAAACAGACGUCGGCCAAAACAAAUAGCCAUCAGCUAUAAAUUUACGAACGCCCCAGGAAAAUGCAUUGCAGCAAAACAAGCAAUUAAAGCAGUGCAGUCCCUCAACCACGAACAAAACCUGUAGCAGUAUCCUGCCGCUGCCGCCUGCUGUGCUAAAAACCUAUUUUGAAUAAUUAAAAUUCCGUAAGUGCUGCAGUCGAAGACGUCGGCAGAAGGCGAAGGCAAAGGCAAAGGCUACCUGCAAGUUGGUUGUGCAACUGGAAGAAAUCGCAGGACAACAGGACUCCUUCUCUUCCCCAUUGCUCGCAAACACAAUCUGCGGCCUGCAAAUUCGUGUGCAGCAAUGAAAUAAUUAAUUCAAUGCACCUGACUAAGUCCAUGAGCAGCAGCAGUAGAAGCAGAAGCAGUAGCAGCAGCAGCAGCAACAGAAUUGCUUACAAAUUCGAGUGCCCCAGCAACAUCAACUGCAAUAACAGCAACUCCGGCAAAAUGGCCGCCGAAGCGAGAACAAUUAGCCAGCCAGGACAUAUCCACGAUCGGCGGGUGAGGAAUGUGCCCCACAUCCUGCUCCUGACCAUUGUAGUGGUGGCACUGCUUUUCGAUAGCGUGUCCGGCCAGAGCAUGAUGACCAAGAACGAGCCCAUGUUCAUAUCACGUUCGGAGACAUUCAAAUUUAUCACCGGCGAGACAAUAGUGCUGCCCUGCGAGGUGGCCAACACGGACACGUACGUUGUGGCCUGGAAGCGUGGCAUCGCCAUAUUAACCGCCGGUUCCGUGAAAGUGACGCCCGAUCCCCGAGUGCGUUUGGUCAACGGAUUCAAUCUCCAAAUACGCGACGCCCUGCCCACGGAUGCCGGUGAUUAUAUCUGCCAGAUUGCCACUAUGGAUCCGCGGGAAAUCACCCACACGGUCGAGAUACUCGUGCCACCGAGGAUUCAUCACAUUAGCACCGGCGGACAUUUGCAAGUCAAGAAGGGCUCGUCGGUGCGCAUCGAGUGCUCGGCCACGGGUAAUCCAAUGCCGAAUGUGACUUGGAGCCGCAAAAAUAAUAUUUUGCCCAACGGCGAAGAGAAGCUCCACUCGCACGUCCUCUCCAUCGAGAAUGUGGACCGGCACAAGGGCGGCGUCUACAUAUGCACGGCCAACAAUCGCGUGGGCCAGCCCGCUUCCAGCCAGGUCGUGCUCCAUGUCCUGUUUUCACCGGAAAUCUCCGUGGAGCGUCCCGUGGUCUUCUCGGGUGAAGGGCAUGAGGCCACGCUGGUCUGCAUCGUCCACGGCGAAACACAGCCUGAGGUAAUUUGGUUCAAAGACACCAUGCAAUUGGAUACCACCGAGCGGCACAUCAUGGAGACGCGGGGAUCGCGGCACACGCUGAUUAUACGCAAAGUGCAUCCGCAGGACUUUGGCAACUACUCCUGUGUGGCCGAGAAUCAGCUUGGCAAGGCACGCAAGACCCUCCAGUUGAGCGGAAAACCGAACGUUGCCGUUUUUAAUUCACCGCCAAUCAGUCAGUACAAGGACAGAUACAACAUCUCCUGGGCCGUCGACUCGCACUCACCCAUCGAAGAGUACAAGCUGUCCUUCCGCAAGUUGCCGCAAGGACACGAGGUCGUUGGCAAUGCCAUUGACUCGCCAUCCUCCUCCUCGUCGAUGUCCUCCUCCUCGUCCCAGAUGUACGGCUCUGGGCUACAUGCGCAUCGGAUUGGCAGCAACAUGGGCGGACUGUCCGGUUUGUCUGGCAGUGGCAGCUACUCCGGCUACGGCAACGUGAUGCACUGGGGCCACAACGACUGGCGCAAUGUCGUCCUGCCGGCCGUUCCCGUUUCUCACCACUAUGCGCAGGGCAUGAGCUACAUGGUACGCGGCCUGGAUCCCGAUCAGCACUACGAGGCCACCGUGCAGUCCAGGAAUCGUUACGGAUGGAGCGAUUUGACCAACAGUUUUGUCUUCUCCACAUCAUCGAAUGAUGGACCUGUCGAUCUGUCCAUCUUUUUGAAUCACGGUCUGUCAGAUAACGAGAUGAGGGAUCUGAGCGUCACCUUCUACGGCAGCAGCGCCAUCAACCGACAGAAACUGGGCCUGUUGGCCCUGAGUUCCGCCACUCUGGCUCUGAGCCUGCUCGUGGCCUAAUUGCUUUCGAUUUCGACCUGAGUUACGAAUUUCACCGCCAAUAGCACAGUAAAGCGAAUCGUUUGACUUUGAUCUGGGACAACGAUGGAGGCAAUCGACAGGCGAUUGAAGGAGGUUGGAUACCGAAGUCCUGCACAACACUCUAGUCCUUAAAAAUCCAGUAGCCUAAGCGUACUCGUAAGAGUAAUUACAACUACGAUUUCUCAUUGUUCGAUUCGAAUUUCUCAAGCAAAGUUUAGUGAAUUAAUCAAGAAACGGAAAACGGAACCAUACAUUAUACAUGUAACAAUCAAUGUAAAAGAGCAUGCAACUGUUCAAACUAGGACCCAUAAAGCAUACAUAAAUACACACUAAACUACACUACACUGCGCCACUACAACCACUCACAUUCGCCGACCAUUCUCAGCACUCGAAACCAGUGUACAUAGAUUUUAUUGCAUACUCCUAGGUAUAAACUGCACCAAAGAAAUAGUCACUCGACGAGCGAAGAAAUACAUUUACAUAUAACUAGUACGUACUUGAUGGAGUUGAGUAAGAAGUCAGUGGCCAUAAAUGGCCGGGAGUUUAGUAUUCGGGGUGAUGGCGGAAUGCUGAGUACUUUGUAGCAUUAUGCGGAUAGUUAAUUUAAUUAAUAUAUAAAUGCAUAAACUAAUUAUCGGAUACGCCACUGCCGCCACAUGCCACACGCAACUUGCCACACACCAAACACACACACACAUACACACAAUAUGCAUUUUAGUCAAAUUUCAGAUAGAAUGGCAGACUCUAACUAAUUUGCAGGAUUCGAGAUGCGAGAAACGCAUUUCAAUGGCUUACAGCAGACAGCGUUUUCUAGCUUUUUGCAAUUUGUAUGUAUGUAGCCGCUAAGUAGCUUAAUUGACCGCAUAAAUGCAAUUAAAUUAGUCAACAGACCUAUUGAUUUGGUAUGUAAAUGAAUCUACACCCAAAACUGGCAGCAUAAAGAAGCUUCCAUAUGGCUAUGGCUGGAGGAUUACAAUUAGGUUGUAAGUGUAAAUAAGUAUGAUUGAUAUGUAAGAGCAGGCAGAAUAUAAUAGUGAAUCGCAGCAGUAAUAAUAAUAAUAUAAAAUAAAUAAAUAUAUAUAUACGAGUAUAUAUCCAAAUGGAUGCCCGAUAUUGCUGGGCUUAGUCUCGUACACCGAAGAGAAGGUGUGGCCAAGGUUGUUUUAUGUAAAUAUAUUGCACCACAGUCAUUCGAAAUCUCAUGAUAUAUAUGUACUUACAGUUCGAUACUCGUAUUGUUGCUUCACAACGCAAAACAAAGGCACCUUUCGUGUUUGGUUCUCCGGCACCCUGUAUUAUCCUUUUUGGCAAUCCAACAAACCGAAGGCAAGGCCAGACAGAAAACGCACCUUAGAUGCAGUCAGUCACACGUAUGAGCUAGACGAUAAGUGAAUAUUGUAAUGAGAUUAACGAUAAUGACGCCUACAUAUAAAUAAAUGUAUAGGAAAAUAACUUUACUUGAUUUCCAAAUAAACUCAGCCAUAUACAAGAUACGCAUUCAGCUUUUCUAGAAUUAAAUAAAUGUCAAGAGAGGCAGUUGAAAAACAAAAAACAAAAACCAAAAACCAAAAAAAAGAGAAGGAUAACAUUUAGCAUAGAACUAUAUGUGUAAUUAAUACUGCUGUCGAUUGAUUGGCCACACAAAGCGAUAAGUGAAUUACAGUAAAAUAUAAUUUGUGUUAAUGUGAAUGUAAAUGGAUGUGCAACAAACAUAUAACAAAGGAAAUCAGCAGUUAAUGUCCUUUAAGUCCCCAUGCCCCACGCCCAAAUCCCCCUUAACCACCAAAAAUCCCCACUUAAAAGUUGCUUUGGUCCGGCGACUGGAGCCCAUCGAUAAGUUAGUUAAAUGAUGAUGUCGACGGUACUCAGUAUAUAUACACCUGAAUAUAGCGAUUGAGCCGUUAAUUGUAUGUGUAAUUUACAGCUUAGUUAUAGUUAUCUUAUUUUGUUAAAUGCAACAAAUACCAAAUCUACUUUAAAGUAAAAUAAUAUUACUAACCUACACCAGAACAUUUUCGGUAUUGAAUGUAUAUGUGACUAGAAACCGUAUGUGUAUGUAUAUUUGAUUAUUUUGUAAAAUUUUUCAAAAACUAUAAAUAAAGUCUAUAUUACCAUAUAA